AUGGGUACAGGAAAGAAAGAGGCCUCUCGUAAAGAGAGGCAGGGGAAGCCUAAGGAUGGCAUGGGCAAUGUCAAAACCAAGGGUGAAAAUUUCUACCGCGAUGCCAAGAAGAUCAAGACCUUGAACAUGUUCAAGGAUGGCAAGGCUCGUCGUAACGCUCAGGGUGAGAUUACCGUGUCGGCCAGUUAUCAGUCCAGAGACCUGCCCACAGCUCGCAUCGAGCCAAACCGUAAAUGGUUUGCGAACUCCCGAGUUAUCUCACAAGAGGCUCUUACCUCGUUCCGCGAUGCUGUUGCCGAGCGUGCUGCCGACCCCUACCAAGUUCUCCUCAAGACCAACAAGCUCCCCAUGAGCUUGAUUCGGGACGGUGAGGGAAUCAACGGACUCAAGCAGCACGAGGCCAAGAUGGCCAUCGAGACCUCUCCCUUCAACGAUACAUUCGGCCCCAAGGCUCAGCGCAAGCGUGUCAAGCUCGGUGUCUCUUCUCUUGAGGAUCUUGCCGGCGAGUCCGCUCGCUCGCAGGAUAAAUACAGUGAGAAAAACGAUGAGGGAUUCCAUGCCGACGGAAGUGCGAUUGUCCGUGGUGAUGAUACUGCCGCCGCCGAGGACCUUGGUCUGCUCACAACCUCUCGCGAGUCUGUCUUCUCCAAGGGACAGAGCAAACGUAUCUGGAACGAACUGUACAAGGUCAUUGAUUCUUCCGAUGUCAUCAUCCACGUUCUGGAUUCUCGUGAUCCGAACGGUACUCGUUGCAGAAGUGUUGAAAAAUACAUUCGUGAGGAGGCACCCCACAAGCACUUGAUCUUUGUGUUGAACAAGUGUGAUCUCAUCCCGACCGGUGUUGCUGCCGCUUGGGUUCGUCAUCUCUCUAAGGAUUACCCUACUCUUGCAUUCCACGCCAACAUCAACAACUCCUUCGGUAAGGGUUCGUUGAUUGCUCUGCUCCGCCAGUUCUCUUCCCUUCACUCCGACCGGAAGCAGGUCUCGGUUGGUUUCAUUGGCUACCCCAACACGGGCAAGUCUUCUAUCAUCAACACACUCCGCAAGAAGAAGGUGUGCACUGUCGCUCCCAUUCCCGGAGAGACCAAGGUCUGGCAGUACAUCACUCUCAUGAAGAGAAUCUACCUCAUUGAUUGCCCUGGUAUUGUGCCCCCCAGUAUGAACGACACUGAGGAGGAUAUUCUCCUUCGUGGAGUCUGCCGUGUUGAGAACGUCGAGAACCCUGAACAGUACAUUCCUGCCGUGCUCCGUCGUGUUCAGCCCCGUCAUCUGGAGCGCACAUAUGGAAUCAAGCACCAGGAAGACUACCUCGACUUCCUGGCCCUUCUUGCCCGUCAAGGUGGUCGUCUCCUGAAGGGAGGUGAGGCUGAUUUGGACGGUGUCGCCAAGAUGGUCAUCAACGACUUCCUUCGUGGCAAGAUCCCUUGGUACACACCCCCACCUAAGGGUAAGGGCAAGGAUGGCGAAGAGAUUGAAGAUGGUGUUGACGGCCGUGAAGGCCGCCUCGGCGAGAUGCCUCGCAAGCGCAAGUUGGAUGAAAACAACGAGCCUGCCGAAAAGGAGGAAGCCGAGUCAUCCGAUUCCCAGUCCGCUGAAGAUGAGGAGGCCGAUGGUGCCGAAAGUGACAAUGACUCUAUCGCCAACAUCGAGGUCAGUGACGUCGAGAGUGGUGAGGAGGAUUGA